AUGACCUCCACUCACACCUUCUACGACGGCACAAUCCCCGUCCUCCAAUCCCUCCUCCGCACCCUCACCCACAUCCUCCAAAAAGCCUCCAACGACCCCUCCCCCGCCAAAACCGAAGCAACCUUCUUCUCCGCCCGUCUAACACCGGACAUGUAUCCACUCCCUGACCAAAUCCGGAUCGCAACCCAAUUCUCCGAGAACCUCGUCGCCCGCCUAACAAACCGGGAACCAGUCAAAUUCGAAGGUAGCCCGACAACCUUUGCGCAGAGCUACGAGCGCAUUAACACGGUGUUGAAGUCCCUGGAUGAGGCAGAUAAGGAGACUGUGAAUGGGUUAGCGGAUGUUUUGAAGCCGACGCAGCUUGGGCCGGAGAUCGUUGUUGACAUGAGUUGUGCGGGGUAUGCGCAUCGGGUUGUGUUGCCGAAUGUUUAUUUCCAUGUUACGACUGCUUAUGGGAUUUUAAGGGCUGAGAGGGUGGAGAUUGGGAAGAGGGAUUAUUAUACUGGGUUUUUCCCCCAGUGA